CUUCUUUGCACAAAAUCGUUCGCUAGCUACCUUUACUUCUUCUCGAGGCUACCAGCCAGCAGAAUCGAAUUCCUCCCCGUACGUCGCCGUGGCCGUCGCUCCACCGUUGUCAAGAACGGCAAGCUCUCUCCGAGUUGGAUUGGUGUUGCUGCUGACCAGUUUCCUCGGCCCAGCUAGAUGGCAGAAGUAGUACAAGUACACAAGGAUUGGGUUGGGUCAUUCCCCUCCGGGAAAAAGAUAACGGUUGUUUUUGUCAUAGGAGGGCCAGGCAGUGGCAAAGGCACCCAGUGUGCUAAGAUUGUGAGCCAGUUUGGGUUUACCCAUCUGAGUGCUGGGGAUCUUCUUCGCGAAGAAGUUAAGUCUGAUACCGAGCAAGGUGCAACGAUCAAGAAUCUUAUGCACGAAGGAAAGCUUGUGCCUUCUGAGAUCAUCGUCAGGCUACUAUUAAAGGCCAUGCUUGCAAGUGGAAAUGAUAAGUUUCUUAUUGAUGGAUUUCCACGAAAUGAAGAGAACCGCGAAGCAUACGAGAAGAUUAUUAAGAUAGAACCUGAGUUCGCAUUAUUGAUUGACUGCUCAAGGGAGGAGAUGGAGCGGCGCAUUCUACAUCGAAACCAGGGAAGAGAUGAUGACAACAUGGAAACCAUUCGGCGGCGGUUCGAAGUUUUUCAGCAAUCAACUCUGCCUGUUAUUCAGCACUAUGAGAAAAUGGGGAAGCUUCGAAGGGUUGAUGGUGACAGGCAGCCAGACAUGGUGUUUGAAGACGUGAAGGCCAUCUUCGCGCAACUAAACACUCAGGCAAACCAAGGCAGCAACGUGAGCAGAGCACAAACUAAUCCAUUCAAGAGCUGGUUUCUUGACAUAUUCUGCAGUUGCUUCGAUGUGGCAGACAGAAGGAACUGACCAUCUUUUAAAGAGAUGUUUAAUUAGUGUGGUACCCUUCAGUCCUGGAUCAAGAAUUCAAGAUGGAGCAGCAAGCAAGCACAGCAAAAGAAACCGUUAGUGUUGUGAUGUGUUCAUCUGGUGUGUUGUGAGCUCGAUUAAGCUGUGUGAAUUUGACGUGCAAACAUUUCAGCAAAGAUUGUCCCUUCCAGCUUCAGUUUGUACUGAAUUUGAUCGUGUAAACAUUUUAACAAGGAAAUGCAGGCUUUGUUCUUCUUCGA